CGAGGUGAAGUCUAUUAUCAGUUGUAAUAUUUUACAUUUAUAUACUGUAUUUUAUUUAUUUUUCUUGUCCGGACGGAGCAACCCACUGCCCUAUCGGCCGCACCCGACUCCAUCGCUGUCCUGUUCUGGUCUGUCUGUCUGUCUCUUGGUCCCAAUCUCACCUUUGCAAAGAUGAUGACAGACGAUGAGCUCAUCACGAAGCUCGAAGAAACCACCAAGGACGCGCCGCGCCACCAGCUCGAUACUCUCCGCGCCAUUCUCGAACGCAACGCCGCCGUACGUUAUCUCCGCCGAGGCUAUCCUACGCCAGCCGCCGUCGACGCCGCUACUUUCCGGCGAUCCGUUCCCCUGUCUUGCUACGACGAUGACUAUGCCGAUCACAUCCUUCGAAUCGCCGACGGUGAUGAUGAUGAUGAUCGGCCUUUACUCUCCGUUGACUCUUUGGUCUGUUUCUUCUACAGUUCCGGGACAAGUUCCAUGAAGCCAAAAUUGAUCCCUUACUUUGAUUCUGCGCCAUCGAAUGCCAUCUCGUUUUUGGCUUACCAGGGCGGUGCUGCUAUUCUUCGAAGGUUGUUCCCUCCAAGACCCUUUGUCAAUAAGAUUCUCUGGUUUAUGUAUGCUGGUGACGUAAAAAACACAAAAGGUGAUACAAGGCUUAUUGGGGCAGUCUCGGCAAAUUCCCUUUCCAAGCAAUAUCCAGACGCAUCCCGGUUUCUCUUCAUGUCGGUCAGUCCCAAAGAAGUCAUUUUAGGUUCGGACGUUGAGCAACAAAUGUAUUGCCACCUUCUUUGUGGUUUAAGGCACUCUGAUUUAGUUGAUGGGAUUGGAGCACCCUAUGCUGCCGGUUUAGUCAGAGCAAUUUGCCUGCUGGAAUCUAAGUGGGAACAAUUAUGUCAAGAUCUUGAAUAUGGGUAUCCAAGUUCAGGGAUUUCUGAUGUUGCCAUGAGAGAUUCAGUUAUUGAGGUUCUCUCUGAGCCUCAACCAGAACUGGCGAAGAGAUAUCGAUCAAUUUGUGAAGAAGAGGAUUGGGGAGGCAUUUUAAGUAAAUUAUGGCCAAAUGCCCGUUAUAUUAAGUGUGUUACCACUGGAAGUAUGGAGCAAUAUUAUUCAAAAAUUAAGUACUAUGGAGGAGAGUUACCAGUGUUAGGUGGAGACUACUUUGCUUCAGAAUGUUGUGUGGGUAUUAACUUGGAUAUUUCGCAACCUCCUGAGCUAACCCGAUAUACUAUGCUACCAACCGCAGCCUAUUUUGAGUUUCUUCCGUUUGACAUGAACAAGACGAGUGCUCGUGAUGAAGAAACGGUUGAUCUUACUGGUGUCGAGGUGGGGAAGAUGUAUGAGGUGGUUGUGACAACUUAUAGGGGAUUGUAUCGAUAUCGUUUGGGUGAUAUUGUGAAGGUUGUUGGUUUCUAUAAUUCAUCCCCACAAGUAGAGUUUGUGAUGAGAGCUCCUAAAACUCCCAGUGAGAUCUUGACAGAAGGGGACUUGAUGUCUGCAAUGAAAAGUUUCCAACAAGUGCUAAGAAACGAAGUGAUGACCGAGGUGACAGAGUUUGCUGUUUUCUUGGAUUUGGAGUUGAACCCGAAGCAGUUAAAAGUUUUUGUAGAAGUGACAGAGGGAUCUAUAUUUUUGCAGCUGGAGAAAUUAAAUGAGUCGGUUCUAGUUCUUAGAGGGUGCUGUUCCUAUCUUGAGGAUGGAUUCGGAGCAAUAUAUAAGCUUAUGAGGCAAAGAGGUGAAGUUGGUCCGAUGUUGUUAUACAUUGUAAAACCAGGAAGCUUUGAUAAAAUUUUGCAAGUUGCUAUUGAAAACGGAGCACCAGCAAGUCAAUAUAAACCACCUAAAAUUAUAAGAAACCACAAAAUCGUUGAUUUAAUGGAAGAUUGUGCUGUUGUGACUGUAUGCUUGGAUUCUUUUGAUGGUUAAGAUCUGAGGGCUCAAAUAACCUGCACUGUUUGGAUUUCUUCGGGUGAAAAUGUUGAGUUCAUGUAAUAAAAGAAUACAUUUUCUGAGACUCAACUGGAGGUAAGGAUCCUGGCAGAUUUUAUGUAAAUCUUCUGUGCACCUUAAAUGAAGUUUUAGUCAUUGGAGAUAAAUAUUAGAUGCUUCCCAUUGUGUGAAAUUUAAACAUUUUCAAUGAGAUUUCAACUGUUCUAGUCAUGAACCUAAUGAAAUUGAAACACAUUUGUUAGAA